AUGGGGAUUCUCAAGUAUUUGAUGAUAUGGAAGCCGGAGUGGAAUUCAUCCAAUGACCUUCUGAGGAGACUCGGUUGGUCCAUGGUGGAGGCUGCAAUGAUGAAUCCUAAUUCGGUGGAAGUUCUGUUGGGUCAGUUUGCUCAAAUGAAUAUUCUUAUGUGGAAUUAUAAGGGUGCAUUAAACCUUGAUUGUAAAAGAAGGAUUUUCGAAAUUGCCAUUAACCAUAAUCCUGCAAUUAUAGUGAUCACGGAAACUAGAGUGGGUGGAGAUAGGGUUGAGAGGAUUAUUGCUGACCUUCCAUUUGAUGGUUUUAUCUUGACGAAGACCAUUAGUUAUGCUGGGGGCCUUUGGGUGCUUUGGAAAAAGGAGGAAGCAGAUAUUGAUCUUCUUCCAGCCACGGAACAAGAAAUUCAUGCUACUGUUAAGGUACGUUGUUCUAAUUUGACCUGGUUUAUUUCAACUAUUUAUGCUAGCCCUCGUUUGGCUGAAAGAAGACUUGUGUGGUCCAACCUUUCAGAAAUAGCUAAGCUCCACAAUCAUCCCUGGUUGAUGCUUGGUGAUUUUAAUGAAGUUUUGAGCAAUGAGGAUAAAUAUGGAGGGAACCAAAUAAAUUUAAAUAGGGCCAUGGAGUUUAAAGACUGUUUAGAUAACUGUAACUUUUUGGAUUUGGGCUUUGCUGGCCCAAAGUUUACUUGGACUAAUAAGAGGCCUCUUACCAGCCUUAUUCUUGAAAGGCUGGAUAGAUGUUUUGCUAAUCCUAGAUGGAGAAUGUUAUAUCUUGAAGCUACGGUUACCCAUUUACCUAGGACUUUCUUAGAUCAUUGUCCUGUUUUAAUUGAGGUGAUAGGUAGUAGAACAAAUGUUGUAAAUAAGCCCUUCUAUUUUCAUACCAUGUGGCUUCUCCAUCCCCAAUUUCCUAAGGUGGUUGAGGAUGCUUGGUCUGGGGAUAGGUCUCUUAUGGCAACUAUUUCUGAGUUUACCACUAGAGUGAAGAAGUGGAAUUAUGAAGUUUUUGGGAAUUUAUUGGAGAAAUGUUUGAUUGAGGAGCAUGCUGGGAUUAUGCUUCAAGAGGAGGAAUUUUGGGCAUUAAAAUUUAGGUUGAAUGCGGCCACUUUUGGGGAUCAAAACACUUCGUAUUUCCAUAUUACUACAGUGGUCAGGAGACAAAGAAAUAAAAUUAGUUGUAUCAUGGAUGGAAAUGGUGAAUGGCUCUAUGAUGAAUCUAAAAUUAAGGAUCACAUCCAGCUUGGGUUUUCCAAACUUUAUACAACUGAAAUGUGUAUGGCUCGAAUGGAUUCUCCUAUUGCUAAAUUCUCAUGCUGUUUUCUUUCUGAGGAGGAGAGAGGAUGGAUGGGUAGAGAGGUGGAUGAUGUGGAGAUCAAAGAUGCCUUGUGA